AUGGCCACUCCUCUGUUCCCCCUGCUGGCAUUGAGCGCCGUCGCGGUCCUGUGCCUGUACAAGCUGAUCAUCCAUCCCUUGUUCUUCCAUCCCCUGCGCCAUAUCCCCUCGGCCCACUGGUCGAUCCCCAUCUUCGGCGAUCUUUGGAUCACGUACCAGCGGUACGUCGAGAAGAACAAUGCCGUGACGUACGCGGCCCAUGUCCGGCACGGCAGCGUCGUGCGCAUGGGCGCCAACGAGUUGAGCGUCAACUGCGUCGACGACGGCAUCAAGACCAUCUACGCGGGCGGCUGGGAGAAGCAUGCGUGGUACCCGCAGAGAUUCGGGUCUUACGGAGUCAUGAACAUGUUCUCCACCAUCCACCACCAGCCGCACUCCCAGAAGAAACGGACCAUGGCCAACGUAUACUCCAAAACGUACGUCGCGUCGUCGGCCCAGAUCGCCGCCAACUCGCGCACACUACUCGCGACCCGGAAUCUGCCUCUGCUCGAGACAUUGGCUACCACCGGCCAAGCCGUCGACGUACACGAUCUAAACAACGCGUUCGCCAUGGACUUCAUGACAGCCUAUCAGUUCGGGCUGCGGGCCGGCACCAAUUUCGUCCAAGACGUCGCGGCCAGACACAGGAUCCUGCAUGAGUACCACUGCCGCCGUGACUACGAGUUCUUCUCAGCAGAGUUGCCCUGGAUGAAGUCGCUGAGCCGCCGGCUGGGGUGGCCCGUGGUGCCGCAGUUCGUCGACGACGCCAACGUGUACCUCGAGGAUUGGAACGCUCAAAUGUGUCGUGAGGCUGACGAGUACCUGACUGCCGAAGCCAAGGUCGACGACGACAGGACAGGCUUGUCGUCCUACCCCGGCGACGACCCCGUCGUGUAUAAACAGUUCAAGACCGGCAUUACCAAACUGCGCGAGAAAGAUCCGUCCGCGGGCAGAGCUGUCGAGGGCCAAGUGACGCUCCCGACGACGCGGCAUGACGACGUGGGCGUCGACCCGAACGACACCACUACCACCACCGCCGAGAUCUACAGCGAAAUGCUCGACCAACUGGGCGCGGGCCACGAGACGUCUGCAGUCGCGCUCACAUAUCUGUACUGGGAACUGAGCAAGGCGCCGGCACUGCAGAAACAGCUGCGCCUGGAACUGCUGACCCUGACGCCGACCAUUGUGGUCGAGUCGCAUGUGGCGGACACCUUCCGACUCCCUGACCCGAAACAAAUCGAUGCGCUCCCACUUCUCCACGCCAUAUUCAUGGAGACCUUGCGCCUGCACGCCCCGAUCCCGGGCAUUGAGCCGCGCAUCUCGCCGCACGUGCCCGGCGGAAGCACACUGGGCACGUACGCCGGCAUCCCUGGCGGCGUCCGGGUGUCGGCAAUGCCGUACACGCUGCACCGGAACGCCGCCGUGUUUCCGGACCCGGAGACAUUCAGGCCUGAACGCUGGCUGGCCUCGUGCACGCCCGAGGCUCAUCUGAAGGAAAUGCACCGCUGGUUCUGGGCGUUCGGGUCUGGCGGUCGCAUGUGCAUCGGCAGCAACCUAGCCACCCAGGAGAUCAAGCUGCUGGUGGCGGCCAUCUAUUCGAACUGGACGACCGAGAUCGUCGACGACGACGGCAUCGAGGAGAUCGACGCAUACACGGUAAGACCCAAGAGUAACAGGCUCGUUCUGAGGCUCCGCCAUGUUUGA